UUGCGCGCCCCCGCUUGAAGACCGGCUCGAGCCGGUAGGCUAUAAAGAGCUGACAGAACAGUAAGGAAAUAAGGAAACGGUUGAUUUACUUUAACCUGAAGACACAGAUGUGUUUUAGGCAUUCAAGAAAGAGAGGACAGAUACAGUAACCAGGGUAACAUAAUAAGCUAUGAUUCUUCUUGUGGAUCGGACAAGAGGACAUUUUUACAUCAUGCUUAAAAAGAUGUUGCUUUAGUCCAGAACAUCGAUUCGUCUGAUCGGAAGCGGAAGAGACAGAGCUGGUAGACUAACGGUAUAGGGAGAACAUAGAAAUAACAUACCGAUAAACUAGCUGCUCAUUUUGCCAUUAAAACCUGUUCGUUAUAUUCGACAGUCGACUAUUCUGUGUCGAUCACUUUUCCGACUAGACUGAUCGUCGCUCUGUUGGUGCUCAGACCCAGCCAUGCGGGGGUUAAAGUCAGCGGUGCGGGGGUCCGGGGGAUGCGGGGGUCCGUGUGUGUACGAGGCGGUGCCAGACGGGGGCUGGGGCUGGGCGGUGGCCGUGGCCUUCUUCUUCGUUGAGGUGUUUACUUACGGGACCAUCAAGUCUCUGGGGGUGUUCCUCGAGGACCUCAUGACAGAGUUUGGGGAGAGCAACAGCAGAGUAUCCUGGGUCAUCGCAAUCUGCGUCUUCAUCGUCACAUUCACAGCCCCUCUGUCCUCGGUGCUCAGUAACCGGUUUGGGUAUCGUCCCGUAGUGAUGUUGGGGGGUUUUCUGGUCAGUCUGGGUACCAUCAGCUCUGCUUUCGUCUCCUCCAUCAACGAGAUGUACGUCACCAUCGGCAUCGUCUCAGGUCUGGGGUACUGCCUGACCUUCCUGCCCACUAUCACCAUCCUGUCCCAGUACUUCAGCAGGAGGAGGUCCCUGGUCACCGCCCUGGCCUCCUCAGGGGAGUCCUUCGCCAUGUUUGUCUUCGCACCAGCCUUCAUGGCCUUGAAGGAGAUCAUCGGCUGGCGCCACUGCCUCGUCGUCAUCGGUCUCAUGCAGGCCUCCGUGAUUGGCUGCGGUGCUCUGCUUCGACCAAUCAUCAUCCGACCUGACCAGGAAGUGUCAGGGGAGGUAUCCAAUAAGGAGAAGCUGUCCGUUAAGCUGCAGACGGUCUACGAGAUGGAGAAUGAGGACACCCAGACCAACGUUAGCUCGGGGGAGUCUGAGGACUCAGGGGAUUCUGGGGUCACCUCUCUGUCCGCCUCCAGUGCUGACCUCCGGGCCGCCACAGCUGCACAGGACCCCUCAGAGACCCGGGCCCUCAUGGAGGACCAGGGGGAGAAGAACCAGGGGGGACAGGCAGCCCUUGGAACCCCACUGAAUCAGCUGGAGGCUGGGGAGAAAGAGCAGGGUGAGGUGGGUCCCCUUGUCCAACCCUCCAGACCUAAACUUCUAGACUUUUCUGUGUUGAAAGAUGGAGCGUUCAUCUGCUACUCUCUGUUCGGUCUCUUCGCCACGCUGGGGUUCUUCGCCCCGUCUCUCUACAUCAUAGAGCUCAGUAAGAGCCGCGGCGUCCACCCAGAGAAGUCGGCUUACAUGCUCUCUGUAAUGGCGGUGUCCGAGGUCUGCGGGCGCCUGUCCAUCGGGGUCAUUUUAAACAAGGUGCGGAUGCGUAAGACCCAGGUGCUUCUGGGAUGUGUAGUUCUGCUGUGUCUGGUGCUGCUUGCCUUUACCCAGGUGACUGAGUUCUGGGGCCUGGCAGCCUGCUGCUGUCUCUAUGGCUUCCUGAUGGGCACCGUGGGUUCUACACACAUCCCCAUGCUGGCAGAGGACAACGUGGUGGGCAUAGACAGGAUGCCCUCGUCCGUGGGGGUCUAUGUGUGUAUCCAGAGCUUUGCUGGGUUGGCCGGACCACCGCUGGGGGGCCUGUUGGUGGACAAGACCCAGAACUAUGGCUCAGCCUUCUACUCCUGUGCUGUGGGAAUGGGCCUGGGCGCCAUCUUCCUCGCCAUGGUGGGGCCUGCCAAGUCUGGCCUCUGCCACCGCGGGAAGACGAGAAAACAGGAGGAAGGAGAGGAGAGAGGAGGAGAGGAGAGAGGAGGAGAGGAGGAGGAAGGAGAGGAGAGAGGAGGAGAGGAGAGAGGAGGAGAGGAGGAGGAAGGAGAGGAGGAGGAGGAGAAGGUUUCUCAGGACAGUGGAUCAACAGAUUAUCUAGAUGUUGAUCUGGUUGAGGAGACCAGUCCGGCUAAAUGGUCCCCAAAACAGGAAACCAACGUUGUCUGAACGUGGUCUGAACAGCGUGGUUGAAUAGCUAAGACAGAACCACAACCAGGUCUCCUUUGGAUCUUCUGAACUCAAUGGGACGACCUGGUUCAAUAUAAAUACAUGACCGCGUUUUGCCGACCGCUGCCUAACUGACCGACCAAGGAGAACCUUGACCACUAGAUACUCACAGGUGGUUAGAAUGGAGAACAAACACUCAACCAUCUGGCAAAUAAGAGAACAAACACACGCUGUCAAACAUGCUACUGAGAGACUGAGUGCUGGACAAACACCUCUGUGGUACAGAAUGUAUACACACACACACAUACACACACACACACACUGUCAACAUGCUACUGAGAGACUGAGUGCUGGACAAACACCUCUGUGGUACAGAAUGUAUACACACACACACAUACACACACACACAGCUUUGACCUGUUCACCCUCUCAGAUGUCAUUCACACUUGCAUUGCAGCGAACAAAUGUCUUAGGUGCAUUCCUAUUGACCAAGUCUCUCUCCUCAGAGUCAACCAAACUCCAUGCAUGGCUGAGACACAGGCUUUUAACAUGAUUACCACUCUGUCAGUAGUUGAUAUAACCAUGAUACGACCUCUGUUCAUAGUUAUAACCAUGAAAUGACCUUUCUGUUCAUAGUUAUAACCAUGAUACGAACUCUGUUCAUAGUUAUAACCAUGAUACGACCUCUGUUCAUAGUUAUAACCAUGAUACGACCUCUGUUCAUAGUUAUAACCAUGAUAUGACCUUUCUGUUCAUAGUUAUAACCAUGAUACGACCUCUCUGUUCAUAGUUAUAACCAUGAUACGACCUCUGUUCAUAGUUAUAACCAUGAUACGACCUCUCUGUUCAUAGUUAUAACCAUGAUACGACCUCUGUUCAUAGUUAUAACCAUGAUACGACCUCUGUUCAUAGUUAUAACCAUGAUACGACCUCUGUUCAUAGUUAUAACCAUGAUACGACCUCUCCGUUCAUAGUUAUAUCCAUGACAUGACCUCUCCGUUCAUAGUUAUAUCCAUGACAUGACCUCUCGGGUUCAUAGUUAUAACCAUGAUAUGACCUCUCGGGUUCAUAGCUAUAACCAUGAUAUGACCUCUCGGGUUCAUAGUUAUAACCACGAUGACCGUUUCUCUGUCUCAACCCCUCAGUUGAUGCCAAAGGCCUGGUAGUAACCAAGUCCUGUCUUUAUAUCGAUCACUAUUAGUAUGGUUGAAUCUGAAUGACUACUGUUAUCCAAACACAAUACCACCACAGUAUUCUGCACAGUCUGUACACGGGUAUGUAUUCGUCAACAGUCUACUUCAUGUACCUAUGUGAUGUAUAAAUGUGAUAUAAAAAGUACCAAAUAAGGCCGUAGGUGAAACUAAGAUGUAUGGAUUACAGUGUGAAUGACGAGCUGUUCUGUGAUGGUGAGGAUGAAGAUGAUGAAGAGGAUGCUGAAGAUGAUGAUGAAGAUGGGUGGGUCACUGUGGAUCACUGCUUUACCUGCCAAUCAAUCAAUCAAUCAAUCAAUCAAUCAAUCAAUCAAUCAAUCAAUCAAUCAGUGGUUUUAUUUACAUUGUGUUUAUGGAAAUAAAAUAUAUAAAUGGAUUUGAAGCCAAGGCCACAGUGACCAGCCAAGGCCACAGUGACCAGCCAAGGCCACAGUGACCAGCCAAGGCCACAGUGACCAGCCAAGGCCACAGUGACCAGCCAAGGCCACAGUGACCAGCCAAGGCCACAGUGACCAGCCAAGGCCACAGUGACCAGCCAAGGCCACAGUGACCAGACGAAACUCCCUAGGUAGGUAGAGGUGGACAUUUGACUACGAAAGUGUUGAUUCCUCGACUCCUUUGAUCGUCGACUCCGAAAACACCCUGGAGUCUUUCACCACCAUAUUAGGCAGGUAAAGACCCUGAGACAAGGAGAGAGGCCGAUCUCCCUCAGACUGGCCCAAAUGCCCUACCCAAAGACUCCCAGUCACUCAGACCUCUUGCACUGAGAUACAGGAUCUAUCAUCUCUGCUGCAACACUCACUGCUGAUCAGCUUUUUUUAAAAUUGAUUAAAUUGAUUUGUUUAUAACAAAUGAACAUUUUAA